AUGUCCAAACCACACAUCAUUCUCAUCCACGGCGCCUUUCAUAGAGCCUGGCACUUCCAUCUCCUUCAAGACUGCCUGGAGAAAGCCGGCUACAAGGUAUCGGCCUUGGAUUUACCUUCCACCGGCGGCGACACACCGGAAUUUGGCGCUCUAGCCUUGGAUGCCGAAUACAUUCGUGGUUUCAUGGAAGAAGCUGCCAUUGACUCGGUGUCCAUUCUCCCCGUGUUCCACAGCUACGGCGGCGUUGCUGGCUCCGAGGCCAUAGCUCAGCUCAGCCCAGCUGCAGCAAAGAAGAUCCCACGACUGGUAUUCCUCGCAUCCUUUGUGGUCCUGCCAGGCUCCUGUGUAGAAGAACUGAUGGGCAUCAAAUUGCCAAUUGGUACGGGCUCGAGUAGCCACCUCCUCACUCCCUUCCAACCUCUCAUCAAAUUCUACAACGACCUCGACCCGGAUCUUGCUCAGCAAGCCGUGGACCAUCUCAGACCACAGGCCAGAUCCGCGAUGACUGAUCCCGUACAGUUCGCCGCCUGGACAAAAUUCCCGAGGACGUUGAUUAAGUGUCGAGACGACAGGACAAUCUCGUGGCAAAUGUUCUCGAAGAUGAGCGAGCAGGAUCAAGCUGGGUGGGAGAUCUUGGAGACAGAUGGCGGACAUAGUCCGUUUCUGUCGAGGCCGGAUGAGGUUGCUGUCAUUCUGAGACGCUUUGCUGGCGAGAGAAUGUGA